CCCUGGUCGCACGCCUGCCUAGUAGCUCUUCGGCGAACGAUCGCCAGUGUGGUAUCGCCAGUUGGCCGAUACGGACCGGGCUCGUGGCUUUCCUAUGACGGCGAAGUGGCGAUUCUUCGCAGACACGGCCUCCAUCCACCUCUAACGACACAUGCGGAAGACCGAACGGAGAAUGCUACAGCCAUGAUUCGAUCAGGUGGCGAUCCUGACAGAAGUCCGUCGUCGGCGCGGAUGACUGGGAACAGCUGCACAAAACGGUGACAGAGCUGUAAAUUACAGCCAUGGAUACGCAGAAGAAAUAUCUGUGCCCCCGCUUGGUGGAUUAUCUCGCCAUUGUGGGGGCCAGAUUGCCGUCAGUCUCUCGCCAGCCUGUGCAGGUUCCAGAAUUGUUGCGAAGGUACCCAGUGGAAGAUCACAAAGAUUUUCCACUGCCCCUGGACAUGGUCUACUUCUGUCAGCCCGAGGGUUGCACCAGCGUGGGCCCUAAACGCACAGCCUUACGAGAGGCCACUACUUUCACGUUCACCCUGACGGACAAAGAUUCCAGUAAAACACGAUACGGAAUCUGCGUGAAUUUCUAUCGGCCGAUAGAAAGGGCGGGAGUGGCGGCUGGGGUUGGCACGUCCGGCAGAAGGGAUAAAUACAAUACUACAUUCAGGAGGGAGAGCUGGAGGAAAAGCAUGGAAAAGAGCACGGAUUCUGCCUUUUCUAGCGACUAUAGGAGCAGUGCGGUAGGUCCUAGCGACUCAGAGAAAGAAUGCCCGAGCAGCAGAAGGGACUCAGACACUCCUCACAUACCAAAUGCACCGAGAUUAGGGAUCACUGCGCCGAGUGGAGACAGCGAGAGCGGUGGAAGUCAUUCUCCGUCGCCGUGUGCAUCGCGCAGACGACAGAGAAUACGGAACCACUCCCUAACGUCACUCUGCAUCAUCUCCCAUCACCCUUUCUUCUCGAUGUUCCGGGAAUGUCUUUUUGUUCUAAAGAAGCUCAUCGACGCGUGCAACGAGAGCUCUUCUCCUCAAAGAGUGGGGGCUUCGAGGCAGACGAACAGAGACACAGUGUGGAGUGUGCUGACUGGACAAGUGCUCGAGGGAACGCCUUCGAUAGUUCUCCACGACGUCCGUGAGAUCGAGACCUGGAUCCUACGUUUGCUGAGUAGCCCGGUGCCCGUUCCGACAAAGACACGGGUUGAAGUCGAGAUCGUGUCGCAAAGUAUGCAGCCGCCACUCUGUUUUGCUCUACCAGACCACACUAGAUUCUCUCUCGUUGAUUUCCCUCUGCAUCUACCCCUGGAACUUCUCGGCGUUGACAUUUGUCUAAAGGUCCUCACGUUGAUUCUUCUGGAGCACAAGAUCGUGCUGCAAUCCCGCGACUACAAUGCCCUAUCGAUGUCUGUAAUGGCGUUCGUCACAAUGAUUUACCCUCUGGAGUAUAUGUUCCCCGCGAUACCGUUGUUACCCACGUGCAUGAGCUGCGCGGAACAGUUGUUGCUUGCACCUACACCAUUUGUUAUCGGAAUACCCGCUACUUUUCUAUUGUACAAAACGAACUUUAAAAUGCCCGAUGACAUUUGGCUAGUGGACCUAGACAGCAAUAAGAUUAGCGCUCCGACUGGUCUGGGCGAUCAAUUGCCACCGUUGCCCGAACCAGAAGGCAGCGUCCUAAAGAACCACUUGAAGCAGGCGAUGCAACUGAUGGACCAAGCCGGCUCUGGUGCGAUGGCUAGCAUGACACCUCAACCAAUGUCGCAGGAAACUACGCCGCGGACCUCACUGCAGGCUCCCAGCAGGAGGGAAAGUAUGACCUCUCAUCUGUCUACCUUGAGCAUUUCUCCAAAGCACAGGCCAAGCAUGGACCACCACGGUUACCCUCAAAGUAGCCCACUCAGUUCACCUGGCACAGUGACUUCCAGUGGUCGUCGACCUUCGAUGUCUCAAUCCGCUGGCUCACCGUCGCCCCAGAAGCCCAUGUCGCAAGGCUCGUCGCCGUUUAAUCCAUUUAUUUACGGAAACGACGUGGACUCGGUGGACGUGGCGACCAGGGUAGCAAUGGUACGCUUCUUCAACUCGCAGAACCUGCUGGCAAACUUCACCGAGCACACCAGGACUCUCAGGCUGUACCCCAGGCCAGUGGUCGCGUUCCAGAUCAACUCGUUCCUGCGUUCAAGGCCCAGGGUCAGCCAUUUCCUGAAUAAAUUCGCGAGGACCCAGGCGGUCGAGUUUCUAGCGGAAUGGUCCCUGACGCCCAACAACGUGGCGUUCCUCAGGGUGCAAACGGGGGUGUUCGAUCCGGUUCAGAUAGGCGACAAGCCGAAAUGGUACGCCGCGAACCUGGAACCGAUCUUCUUCCCUGUCUGGGACUCCGGUAGCUCCCUGGCGAACGCUUUGAAGGCUAUGAAAGAACACGAGAGCCAGCCGACUGAUGAGAGCGGAUCGGAUUCGGAGGGCGCUGAGAGCACUAGCUCGUCAUACUCUUCUUUGAGCGAUUUUGUUUCGGAAAUGGUGUCCUCGGAUUUAUCACCGAGUUAUAACUGUUCGCAAGCCGCGCAGCCUCAGCCGAUGUCCCUAUCGGUGGACCCAAAGAAGGUCUACAAUCCCCCAAGUUCCUUGCAAUAUCCAGGGGUAGAAGAGGAGUCCACGGUGAGGCCGGAAAGUCCACCAAGCACCUCUUCCAGCUACAGCGACCUCAGCAGUCCCAGUUUCAAUAGGGACUCGGAGUUCGAGGUGAAUCCAAAGACUCAAGAAGGUUCGCAAUCGACCAACGAUAAAGAGGAGGGUGGUAGCUUUGAGUCAGACUCUGCAUCAACAAUAACACCACGCACAAUCCUGAGCGCACAAAGUUCGGUAGGACAGUUCGGGGUAGGCAUGGCCUCAUUAGCCGCUCCGCAGGUCAGCGACGCUGAACGUCCUGCCGCUUCCCACAGGACCUCGCGUGUCAGUAGAUUUGUCGUUCCUAUUCAACCUUCGGAGGCGGUUCUCCAGCGACACCCGAGCGUCGGGAACGUUUUAGCGAGGGCGUCGAGCCUUAACACUAGCACGGGGCCGCUCUUGCCCCGGCAGAUGAGCAGCAGUAGCAACGAAACUUCCGAGUCGUCUACGGUCUCGCGGCAGCUCUCCGUGAGUUCCGGUAGCCGGAAACAGUCCAUGGAGAGCGCGCAGAGACCAGGCAAUUCCAACGUGACCGGGAACGGUGUCCUGCGACAGGGCUCGCAGGGAUCGCUGUUCGAGCAGAUCGCUAGCCAGGCGAAGGACCUGGUCAGAGAAACGACUAGGCAAAGUAGUCAGGACGGUCUUCUCGCUCAGAUGGAUAAGUUGAAACACCAGGCGAAGGAGAAGAUUACCGAGGCUGGCGAAGAGAGUCUGUUCGCACCGCUGGAGCAGCUGACGCAACAGACGAAGAAAGCCAUGGGAGAAGCAACCAAAUCAGUGCAGGAGGUGUCGAAGACAGCUUUAGAAGCGAGUAAGACCGCAGCGGGAGUUAGCAAGAACACGUUGGACGAUCUGACGUACGUGGGCAAGAGCACUUUCGGGGAUCUGACCAAAAGUGCUAAAGAAGUCGCUGCGAAAAAGGGUUUGCUCAAGGGUCUGGGAGAAUCACAGCACUCACCGCCACCGUCUCCUGGUAUAUUACAACGUAGGGAUUCGAGUAACACGCAAUUGGUCGCUUCAGACAGUCGCGGGGCCCGCAGAGAUAUCGGACGUGAUUUUUUCAGCAAUAUUAGUAGCGAUUUAAAUGGCAUCGCUGCGCAAACGAGCAGCAUGUUCAGUGAUCUCUUUGGCAGUAAAAAUAGUUCUAAUCGAAAUGCCGGUAUGCAGCCUCAGUCGCAAAAAGGGGAUAAGAAGACGCCUAUACUAGGAUCUUUCCCAAAAAGUAAAACGGGAUUGGCCGAGCGUUCGUCGCUGAUCAAGCACUCGACGAACAAGCCUAGCGCGGAGGACAUUCAGAGGAUGCAGAACGCAGAGCGGUCUAGUACAAAUAGCGACAAUCAAGCCUUCCUCACGGAUCUGGUAAACCAAGUGCUAGCAGGUGAGGGUGUCGGUUGGCUGAAGCUGAACAGGCUGAAGAAGCUGAUGGAGGACGAGAGUUACCGGGAUCUGGUGGUCACCAAGCUGAACAAAGGUCUGAAUAAGAAGAUCAGUCCUGACGAUCACAUCGACGAUGUGUGCGUCACGAAGCCAGUUUAUAAGGGAACGCUAAAGUGCCUUCACGCAGUGGCUCACGGUCUUGGACACACUUACAAUAAUUUCGGACUCGGCGGGAUGGCUUCGGUCUUCCAGCUAAUGGAGAUCGCGCACACUCACUAUUGGAGCAAGGAUCUUUCCGAGGGUGGUUUUGAUAGUUCCAUGAUGUCCCAAGCAUCUAGUCCAUUCGGUAGCAGGGAGAAUCUGAAGUCACCGCAAUCACCUACACAGCCGGAACACAGCGACGAACGAAAGAAAUCAGACACGCCCCAAGUUCACCUAGAAAUGCCGCACGGCCACACGUCACCGGCGUCCGAGGGUAGCCAAUCAACGACGGACAUGUUCCUAGACAUGUUCACCAAAAAGGGGAAGUUCCUCAGUAGGCUAACGUCGUUCGACUCCGAGAGUGGGCGGGGAGGUGGAACAGGAAGCAGCGAAGCUUUGUCCACAGACGGAGGUAGCAUUAUCACUAAUCCUGCUUUUCGGCAAGCGCACCAAGCUUCUUUCCGAAGCACUGUCUCUGAUAGCGAAGUCGAGCAAGGCAAUUUCCCGCGACAGCCGAAACAGCGCACCGGAAGCGUUUGGUCGAACAAGUCGUCGCUGAGCACCGGUUUCCGGUACCAUGGCGGCAGUUUGGUGCCCACCACGAACGCGCCGAGCCCCGAGACUGCUAGAACGUACUUAUUUGAAGGGUUGGUGGGAAAAGAGAGAUCGUCACUUUGGGACCAGAUGCAAUUUUGGGAGGACGCGUUCCUGGAUGCAGUCUCUCAGGAGAGAGACAUGAUAGGCAUGGACCAAGGUCCAGGGGAAAUGAUGGAAAGGUAUAAGGGUCUGAGUGAAAGCGAGAAGAAGCGAUUGGAGCACGACGAAGACAGACUGCUGUGCACUUUGCUGCACAAUUUGACCGCGAUAUUGGUGAUGUUGAACGUCGAGAAGAACGAAGUGAAACGGAAGGUGAGAAGAUUGCUCGGGAAGAGUCACAUCGGUCUGAUCUACAGUCAAGAGCUCAAUAUGCUUCUCGAUCAGAUACAUAAUCUAUACGGGAACGACAUAGACUUGAAGCCACUGAGGUCGCGACAGAUGCACCGUCAGUCGUUCACGGUGCACGCCGGCGUCGACGCCGAGGGCGAUCUACGUUUCCUCGAGGUCCGUCACGACGGUCUGGUGCUCAGAUCAGUGAGCGGUGUGAUCGUCGAGCGAUGGUGGUACGAACGUCUGGUCAACAUGACCUACGGUCCGAAGAACAAAGUAUUGUGCCUUUGGCGGCGAAACGGCGGGCAAACGCAGUUGCAUAAGUAUUACACUAAAAAGUGUAAGGAGCUCUACUAUUGCAUAAAAGAUGCAAUGGAGAAGGCUGCAGCUCGUGGUCGGAGCGCGAACACCGGCGUCGAGCUCGGCGGUGAGUUUCCGGUUCAAGACAUGCACACCGGCGAGGGCGGGCUUCUUCAGGUUUGCAUGGAGGGCGUGGGUCUCCUCUUCGCGAAUAGCAAGGAUUUCGAGUUUUUUGUAAGACUCGAUCAUAUCCGCAAGUGCUUUACUCAGAAGGAUGGGAUCUUUGUAUUGGAAGAAUUCAAUCCUAAAACUAGACAAGUAAUUCAUCGUAAAUAUAAGUCACAAAUGGCAGAUCAAAUCUGCUACUCGGUACUCUGUGUGUUCUCUUACGUGGCCGCCGGGUCAGAUCAAGGGAAGCCGCCUAACCAGCAAUCGCAACCCCAGCAACAGUCCCAACAGCAACACCAACAACACUCACAACAUCAUCACCAGCAGCAGCACCAUCAACAACAUCAUCAACAGCAGCAUCAACAGCAGCAUCAGCAACAACAUCAAUCACACCAGCAACAACAACGACAUCACCAACAGCAUCAGUCGCAGCAGCAACCACAACGACAACAUCCUCCACAGAAACAGUACCAGCAUCCACAGCAAUCUCAGCAACGUUCUCAGUACCAGCACCAACAACGUCAGCAAUCUCAAUCACAGCAGCAACAACAUCAGCAACAUCAGCAGCAACAUCAGCAGCAACAGCAACAUCAACAUCAACAGCAACAACAUCAGCAACAUCAACAGCAACAUCAACAGCAACAUCAACAGCAACAUCAGCAACAGCAACAGCACCAACACCAGCAACAACAACAACAGCCACCCAAUUCAGGUAGCAGCAAUGUCACGCCGAAUCAUCAGAAGCAGAAAACCUCAUAUUUCGACCCCUACCCAAGACAACACUGACACAGAGGCAGACACUCGCUCCCAUUUGUGCAUAAUUACAAUAAGUGUGCCCCCUACGCUUGCCUACCCUGGGUGUAAGUAUCAUUCCUAAACUAUCUGUCCCGUGAUCCGACCAGAGCUCUGAUUCAUUGAUUAUACGUGUAAUAAAUUGUAAUUCGUCUUUCCUGAACGGAUCCUUGAAAAUUCGUUCGUCAAUCCUUUCAAGGAACGUUCUAGCGUUUAAUAGAAUUUUAAUCGGUUCAUCAACACUUAGUUAUCAAUCAUCGGUUCAUUAAACUGUUCGUCAAUUACUUUUUACUUCUUUUCGAAUCUUUCUUGCGUUACUCUAUAUAUUUAAGUUCUACCAAAAAUUUUAGAUUUCUUUGGCUCUUUCCAUCAAUACUUUCAAUUCUAUUAUCAUUUUUUACUGUUGUCUAUAAAAAGCCUAGGUGUAUAAUUCUUAACCAAGUUAUUUGUAAGCGUCUAAACGUUCGAACGUUCGUGAGGAAUCGUAAGAAACGAGUAUCAAAUAGAGCUCUGGAUUAACACAAAAUCACUCGAGAAACUAUGCCCAAUAAUCAUCUUCACGCUAUCCCCAAAGAGAGUCAGCUCUAAGUCUCUUCUAUGUGUGGAAAAAGCUAUUCGUACUCUACUCGAGAAAGCAUUCGAUGAACGCGGGCUAGGAUUCGUGAAAACGGGACCUGUGGCGAGCAUAGAGAUCGAAACAGAGGGUGGCGCGUGAUGUACAGGGUGUCACAGAUUUUUCUAACCAAGCAUACAACUUAUUUUACGUUUCAUCUAUUUUUAAGACCUUGCGAUUUCUUUAACAACUCUCGGUAGAACCAUUUUCUUGUUCUUGUUGUUCAUUGGAACAAAAAGAUUCUACGCUCAUUUUAUGCCUGUUUCCUCUAAACAGAAUUGACAACUGAAAUGUAAUAUUUAAUUUGGACUGAAACAAAUUAAGUAACAUUUAUUUGUUAAAUUCUAUUUGAAAUCUUCGCCACGAGUCUGACACGACAUUGUAUGACAAGAGGUUAACAUCAAUUUAAUUCUAUAUAACAAAGCAUAACGAAAAGUUUAUCAAGUUUCCAGUAAAAAUUAUAAUACGUAACAAUUAUUCAACGACGCCGUUGAAACCGUUCAAGCCAGAUUCAUUCGAAAGAUAAUUUUCAAUCUCUCUCACCGUGAACCACGCGCCACUCCACGGAAAUUAUAUAAUCGGGCGAAAUUGGCGGAGAACCUGCGCGAGCAAAAAAAAGGAGAACAGAGAAAUUCGUGGCGAAUUGGCGAUUCGAUUCGACACAAUCGCGGUAAUUAUUUGCAAAGCGGGAGUCGUUACGUGUACAAGACAACCAAGAGAGAUGAAAGCGGGAGCCGACCGCGCUGCUGCGAAGCGCGUUGAAGAUCAAGAUCAAGGACAGAAUAUUCUCAUAAUUAAAACCAGACGACGAAGUUGACGAGAGGAGAUGAUAAUUGUAAGAAAAAUUGCAGCGGCUGUUGUAUAUUUAGAGAAACGGAUUACGUGUGGUACAUAUAUACAUAUACAUAGAAAGAAACCGGGAACGAGUAAAUAAACCGCGUACAGAGAAUUCUAGGCGUUUAUAGUUGCUUUAUAUUUGAAUAAUAAAUCAGUUUUAUUUAAACCAUGGUACACGAUAAGAAAAAUGUCUUCACAAAAUCUCCGGAGGUAAAAUAAGUUUCUUAUGGUGUAUUGGCGUUUGAAACUAAAACUAACUUAUCAUUCAAACAUCAAAACCAACAGUUUUGAACCUUCUAAAAACCAGAAUCAUCUGCGUACGUUCUCUAGAGAUGUUUCCUUCUUCGGUAAUUGCCAGCCGUGUGCACGCGUAGAGACGAUGU